UUGAACAAUCGCACAAGACUCUUCAACACUCCACUAACCUUAGGUAACUGUUGCCCACCUUGCUCAAGUCCUCACAACCUCUAAUAUUCCUUUUUCCUUCUUCUCUCUCUCUCUCUCAUAUAUGUAUAUCAUUCAUUCAAAGUUUUAAAACCGGAACAAGGUAGCUAGGCUAGAUUGAUUGAGUUGUAUCAUCACCUCACCACACUUGUAUACUAGCGUUUAAAGUAACUAUUAGAAGCUAGACGAGACGAGCGGCAUCAUCAGCCAUGAGUUGCUUACAAGAUUGGCCUGAGCCAGUUGUUAGAGUGCAAUCUUUGUCCGAGAGCGGAAUAUCCGCAAUUCCUGAUCGAUACAUUAAACCACCAUCGGAGAGGCCUUCCAUAAAAUCUGAUCAUCAUCAGCUGGGAGCCGGCGAAGGAGGAGUUAACAUCCCAUUAAUUGAUCUGGGUAGCCUACUUGACAACCUUGACGACAAGACCACCUUGAAUCGAAUAUGGGAGGCUUGUCGAGACUGGGGCUUCUUCCAAAUUGUUAACCACGGAGUGAGCCCCGACCUGAUGCAUCGCACACAGGAGCUCUGGCGUGAUUUCUUUCAUCUACCGCUUGAGAUGAAGCAAGUUUACUCCAACUCACCCAAGACCUACGAGGGGUAUGGCAGCAGAUUGGGGGUGGAGAAGGGCGCCUUUCUUGACUGGGGUGACUAUUUCUUCCUCCACUACCUUCCCCCGGAGCUCUGCGACCAAAACAAGUGGCCUGCCUUCCCGGAGUCGUGCAGGGAGGUGACCCAGGAAUACGGCAUCCAAUUGGUAAGAUUAUGCAAGGUGUUGAUGAAAAUUCUGUCUGUGAACCUGGGACUGCAAGAGCAGUAUCUCCAGAAUACAUUCGGAGGGGAGGACAUCGGCGCGUGCAUGAGGGUGAAUUUCUAUCCCAAGUGUCCACAGCCUGAUCUCACUCUUGGUCUUUCCUCCCACUCUGACCCCGGAGGAAUGACUAUUCUCCUUGCCGACGACCGUGUCCCCGGUCUCCAAGUACGUAGAGGCGAUGAUUGGGUAACUGUGAAACCCGUCCCGCAUGCCUUCAUCGUCAACAUCGGCGAUCAGAUUCAGGUGCUGAGCAAUGCAGAAUACAAGAGCGUCGAACACAGGGUAAUUGCGAAUCCAGUCCAAGAGCGUCUCUCCUUUGCCUUCUUCUACAACCCCAAGAGCGAUUUACUCAUACAACCAGCAAAGGAACUCGUGACCUCAGAUCGCCCUGCUCUGUAUCCACCGAUGACCUUUGAUGAAUACAGAAUUUACAUAAGGACGAAAGGUCCACGUGGCAAAUCUCAAGUUGAGUCCUUAAAAUCACCAUCACCAUGUUGAUGAUGAUGAUGAUUACUACGCAAAUACACAGCAGUACGUCCUAAUGGCUAGCUAGUGCUAUCACACAUCAUGGGUCACUUUUGUAUUUGGAGCAGAAUCUCUAUCUUUUAAGGGAAAUAUCACAUUGUCGAUUGGUUACUUAGAAAUUGAAAUUUGUGUGUUGUCGGUUGGCUUA